UUAUGUAGAGCUUGUUAAUUUUUGACCCGAAGCUCAACCCUAACUCCCGAGAUUAAAACAAUCUAUUUUUCGGCCCAAAUUCUAGCACAACCCUUGAUCAAGUUCCUACCAUUUGAUUUGUGGAUUAUGCCCAUCAAAAUUUACGCACAAAAUAAAGAGAAAAGUAUUUCUUACCAACCAAAGUGGGUCCUCAAUCCUAAACCUUGUUCAUGUAAUUUGGAUAGCCACCAAUACCAUUGACCCCUAAAUACAUACUAAUAGAAAAAUCUAAAGUAGGAAAAAGUGAAGAAGGAUCAAUUGUUCUAUUACUUAGACCAAACCGUCAAUUCUUCUAUUUUCUUUCCACUUAUGAAAAGUAUACUCUUUCACCAUUCUUUCAUUAUUCUCAUGUCAACUUUCUUUUCACUUUUUUUCACCAUCAAAUCUAACAAGAAAAAUCAUAACACCCAUCAAAAUUUUAUUUCUUAAUCCCAUCAUGUAUUCUAUAUAAUAUGCACCAACUAAUACAUAAAAAUAUCACACUAUAUUCUAUAUAUACAACAAUAACAUACAUAUAAAGUUAUAAGAAUGAUAUGAAAAUUAUGACAUACCUGAAAAUAAGAGGUGGGUUAUGGUGUAAAAUGGUGUUUUCUAUCAUCUCUCUUUUGGGCUUGGCUUGCAUCUUGUAUUUCAUAUUAAACCAUUCAGUUGAAUCACCAAAGCAUCAGACGGUGGAUGUUUACUUUAAUUCGACGGCUGAGAUUGCUCGGACUGACGAUGAUUAUAUCUGCGCCACACUGGAUUGGUGGCCUAUUGAUAAGUGUGACUAUGAUUCUUGUAGUUGGGGUGAAACCUCUCUUCUCAAUCUGGAUCUGAACAACACAAUUUUGUCGAAUGCUGUAAAGGCAUUUUCUCCCCUGAAAAUCAGAAUGGGUGGAACAUUGCAGGAUAGACUAAUCUACCAAACGAACGAGCAACAACACUGCAACCCAUUCGUCAAGAAAUCCUCUCAAUUUCUUGGUUUCUCACAAGGCUGUUUGCCCAUGACGCGAUGGGAUGACCUUAACAGAUUCUUCGAAGAGACGGGGGCUGUGGUCACUUUCGGGUUGAAUGCACUGACAGGAAGAACUAUAAACCCAGAUGGGUCAGCUAAAGGAGCUUGGGAUCCCAGCAAUGCAGAAUCACUUUUAAGAUACACAGUCAACAAGGGAUACAGUAUCUAUGGAUGGGAACUUGGAAAUGAACUCAGUGGAAGGGGAAUUGGUGCAAGAGUAACAGCUCACCAGUAUGCUUCAGAUGUGAACACCCUGCAAAAUCUUAUUGAAAAGGUGUAUGUAGGCUCUGAGACAAAGCCUCUAAUACUUGGCCCUGGAGGAUUUUUUGAUGCUACGUGGUUCGCGGAGUUUAUUGGCAAAACAACCAAGUCUCUCCAAGCAAUCACCCACCAUGUCUAUAAUCUUGGUGCAGGUAACUACAAUGGCCUUGUGGGUAAUAUAUUAGAUCCAUCCCACCUUGACUGUGAAGCAAGAGUAUUCAAAAAACUCCAACAGGACAUAAGGAACUCGGGGACCUCAGCUGUUGCUUGGGUUGGUGAAGCAGGUGGUGCUUUUAACAGUGGUCGAAAUCAUGUUACAAACACUUUUGUGAUGAGCUUCUGGUACUUAGAUCAGCUUGGAAUGGCAGCAACAUAUAAUACCAAAACUUAUUGCAGACAAACUUUGAUAGGUGGAAAUUAUGGGCUUCUCGACAGAUCUAAUUUUGUGCCAAACCCUGAUUAUUACAGCGCUCUUCUUUGGCAUCGUUUGAUGGGAAAAAAAGUUCUCUCUACAAGCGUUUCUGGGACGAAUAAUUUACGAGCAUACACUCAUUGCUCGAAACAAUCUCAAGGGAUCACAUUGCUCUUAAUCAACCUUGACGCUGAGGCGACCCUUAGAGUCAACAUAUCUACAGAAACAGGCAGCAUUACAGCAGAAAACAGCGAACCAUUUGCUAGGAAGUCCAAAUUUGGUAAAAUGCCAAUAUUUACUCAGAAUAUAAGAGAAGAGUACCACCUGACAGCCCCAGAUAGAGACUUGAGCAGCAAAAAAAUGCUCCUAAAUGGGAGAGUUUUGACUGUUGAUUCCUCCGGAGGCAUCCCAAUACUGAAACCUGCAAUUGUACAUAUAAAUGAUCCGAUAACUAUUGCCCCAUUUUCCAUUGCAUUUGUCCAUAUACCAAGCAUUGUUUCAAACGUUUGUAAAUAGAAACAGAUACAAAUCAUUAUAGAUUACAAAUACUAGGGAAACACAACAUAAAUGUACCAAACUUAAAUGUUUCAAAAAGAAAAAAAAUUACCGAACUUAAA